AUGAAAUCAUUAUAGAACUUUUCUAUUGUUUAAAACAUGAAAGCUUACUUUUCAGACGAUUUAUACAAACUAUAAAAACGAAUAGAUGGUCCUAUAACAAGCUAAAAUAGUAUUAAUACUAAUAUACUUUUGCUACCUGAUUUAAAAUCAAUAAUCUUAAAUGAAAGUGAUUUAGAAAGAUUAAAUUAUGAAGGGCUUCUUCCCAAUGAAACAUACUCAAGAAGUGUUACAACUGAUACCUCAAGUAUUUAUAAAAUUUAAAAUAGGUAAACUGCCCAUAAUUGAAGACCAAUUCGUUAGUGAGAUGUCCAUUUUUUAAGAGUUUGACGAAUUUUGA